GCCGAUCUCAGCACAAUGAGCUUUGUAUAUAAGCGCUUCUCUCUUGUACUUUGGCAUUCCCGGUUUGUCAGAUCGCCUCUACAUCAAGAAUGGUUAAGAUCAUCUUCUACGAGGACAGGAACUUCCAAGGUCGCUGCUACGAAUGCAUCGCAGAAUGUUCGGACCUGUCCUCUUAUUUUAGUCGUUGUAACUCAAUCCGAGUAGAAAAUGGAAACUGGAUUCUCUAUGAGUUCCCCAACUACAAGGGAUAUCAAUACUAUCUUAAAAGGGGAGAGUAUCCUGAUUUUCAGCACUGGCUGGGAUUCAAUGACUCCAUCAAAUCAUGCCGUUUGACCCCUCAGUAUAAUGGAUCAUUCAGAAUGAAGAUCUAUGAAAGAGAGGACUUUAAAGGUCAGAUGAUGGAAUUUACUGAAGAUUGUCCACAAGUCUAUGAAAGGUUCCGUUACCAUGACAUCCACUCCUGCAAUGUUCUUGAUGGAUAUUGGAUGUUCUAUGAGGAACCCAACUACAGAGGACGUCAGUAUUACCUGAGACCUGGAGAGUACAGGAGAUACACUGACUGGGGUGCCAUGAACUCCAGAAUUGGCUCCUUCAGACGACUCCAGCUUCCUUACUAAUCUAACCGAUAAUACAAUCUUUCAUUUUCAAUAAAAUAAUUCGAUAACUUCCAA